UUUAAUAUCAAAAAUUAGCCUUAUCUUAAAUUCCCAAGACUCCACAAAGAGGACUUUAUGAGUGUAUCAACUUGGUAAGGGUGUAUCUUAAUUGCCAGUUCUUCUCCUAUCACACAAAUCUGUCCUCCUCCAAAUAUGGAGCCUUAUGGGUUGACACCCAUACAGAUGCUUGCUUGCCUCUAUCUGAAAAAUGAGCAUUCUCCAAGUUUGCAGUAUUCCAAAGCCUUCUAAGAUUCCUUUCGCAUUCAACCCAAAUUUUAACUUAAAAAUCUUAGUAUGAAUCCUGGCCAGUAACCCGGCCAAAGCUGAAGUCAGUUUGUUCCAUCUUUGGUGAUCGACAUUUUGAGAUCAUGGUGCCUACCUCCUCUUGAAUUAGAUUACUAAAAAACUAAUCAAGCUAAGAAGAGCUAGAGUAAAAGUUAUUCGUAAUUUCUAGUAAGAUCUGAGAGGCAGGACUUUCACAACUAGGACCAGAGGUGUCUUUUAGCCUUUAAAAGUAUGUCUAAUGAAAGGAUUUUGAUUAGAAAUUAACUCUUCUGUAAUUCGGAAAGAUUCGGUAGAUUCUACAACAGGGUAAAUUGUUCGCUUAAUGUACUUGUAUACACAGAAAGCAACAUUUUCCAAAGUACCAGUUAAAUCUUAUACCUCACAUAUGUGGUAUUUAUACUAAAUUCUAUACCGAUUUCACUAAGUUUAGAUUUAAAC